AGGCAGUUGUAAGACAGGUGCCUUUAGCGCGUGCUCGGCGAGGGGGCAGUUCCGCGGCUGCGAGCGAGCGCGCGACCCCCUUUCUCACUCCGGGUGGACUCGUGCGUGGAAGAACUCUUGCGUGGACUCGUGCGCGAACGGACUCGUGGAUGGCGUGGGACAGAUGCGACCAGGACUCUGUAUGGAGGGAGCUGGAGUAUGCUGCCCUGGUCGGCGAAGACCAGCCUCUCUGCGCAGACCUCCCAGAACUCGACCUCUCUGAACUGGAUGUCAGUGACCUGGAUGCUGACGGUUUUCUGGGCGGACUCAAGUGGUACAGUGACCAAUCAGAAAUCAUCUCCACUCAGUACAGCAAUGAGGCCUCCAACCUGUUUGAGAAGAUAGAUGAGGAGAAUGAGGCCAACCUUCUGGCCGUACUCACAGAGACCCUGGACAGCAUUCCCGUGGACGAAGACGGCCUGCUUUCCUUUGAGGCCUUGGCGGACGGCGAUGCGGCCAAUGUCAGCGACCAGAGUCGGCCUUCCACACCCGAUGGCUCGCCGCCCACCCCGGAGGCCGAGGAGCCGUCUCUGCUGAAGAAGCUUCUUCUGGCGCCUGCGAACUCGCAGCUCAGCUACACAGGAGGCAAGACGCAGAGCUAUGCAGCCGCCAGUCAAAGGGUCAGACCGCCUCCGCCACCCGCUGUCGCCAAGAUGGAGAACCCUUGGAGCAGUCGGCCCAUGGGGUCCUGCCAAGCCCAAAGCAGACCCGGCGUUCGGCGUCCCUGCACGGAGCUGCUCAAAUACCUGACCGCCAGCGAUGACGUUCCGCCUAGCAAAGGGGGCCAGCGAAAAAGCAGCCGGGAUGGUGGCAGCGGCAGCAAAGAUAAAGCAGGGGGCGCUUCCUCCUCCUCGCCAUCGUCUUCAUCCACCUCCUCUUUGUCUUCCUUGUCCUCCUCCUGCUCCUCGUCCAACUCCAAGAAGAAGUCAUCCUCCCUGCGUGCCUCAUCUCAGCAGCAGCAGCAGCAGCAGCAGCAGCAACAGCAUCCACCGCAGCAGUCGCCACUGCUUCCCCAGCGAGCCAAACCAACCACCUUGCCACUUCCUUUGACCCCAGAGUCUCCAAAUGACCACAAGGGAUCUCCGUUUGAGAACAAAACCAUCGAACGCACAUUGAGCGUGGAAUUGUCCGGGACCCCAGGUCUGACUCCGCCCACUACACCUCCUCACAAAGGCAGUCAAGAGUAUCCUUUCAAAACGUCCAUGAAAACCAAGCUGUCUUCGUGUGCGUCCUCGGCAAGCAAGCGGGCGAGGCUCGGCAUCGCCGGACCAGAUGCUGUGGCUGGCGACUGCGAGCAUGAGGGGGCGGAACACAGUGAACUCUACACCCAGCUGAGCAGGGUGUCAGCACUGCCCUUGGGGGUGCAGGUGGGGCGCGGGGGCAAGAAGGCGCCGCGGGCCAUCGGCGACCACGACUACUGCCAGUCCAUGGGUGCUAGCGCCAAGCAAGGCACAUCCCUGGGCUGCCCACUGGUCUCCCUGCAGGACGGUGAUGGGGAGCACAUGGACUUGGCCGUGCCCUCCUCCUCCUCCUCCUCCUCCUUCUCCUUUUCUCCCUCCUCCUCCUCCUCGGCAGCGGUGCAGCCCGAUUCAGAGCACCAGGAGCGGGGCGUGUUGGUGCCUAAGGGCACCAGGAAGCCCCUUCUGGACCAGGAAAUCCGGGCUGAACUGAAUCGGCACUUUGGACCCCCUCCCCAGGCCUUGGGCAGCGAGGUGCCCCCCGAGCUCUUGUCCCCACCUGAGGACACUCCCUUCUGGGACAAACAGGACUGUGAGCUGGCCAGCUACUUGCCUCCAGGACUACCCCUGGAGGGGGUUUUAGAGGACAGCGAGGACGAACGCGAGCCGUUUUUCAGCCACUGGGAGGCGUCUCCCCUGGACCUGCUCUUCCAGAGCUCCCCCUCAUGCUCCCCAUCCAGCUGCUCUGUGUCGCCCCCUACAGCCCUUCUGCACUCCCAGCACUUCUGCUGGUACCGCUCACGCUCACGCUCCCGGUCCUGCUCCGCAUCCCACCGUCGACAACGAUUGCCUCGCUCCCGCUCCUGCUCCCCCUGCAGCCGCUCCUCCUCCCGGUCUCGUUAUGUGGACUGCGGUACGCACACACGGUCCAGGUCACGGUCCAGGUCCUGGUCCAGAUCCCCUUCCAGCUGCAGGCCAAGGUCCGAGGAGCACCAGCACGAGUCGGUCUGGAGGGAGGAGCGCCGGCAGGACCUAGAGAAGCAGGAGGCGGAGAGGAGGGAGCUGAGAGAGGAGCACCGGCGACAAAUCAUAGACGACAGACCGACACUGUACGUGGGGAGACUCCGACCUGACAGCACGAGGACUGAGCUCAAGCGGCGCUUUGAGGUCUUUGGGGAGAUCGAAGAGUGUGUGGUCAACCUCCGAGAUAAUGGAGACAACUUUGGCUUCAUCACCUACCGCUACACUUGUGACGCCUUUGCUGCCCUUGAAAAGGGACACACGCUGCAUGGGUCCGACGAGCCGCACUUGGAGCUUCACUUUGGCGGACGGCGCCAGUUCUGCAAACCAAGCUAUACAGACUUGGACUCCCACUACGAUGACUUCGAUCCCACGUCCACUAGGAGCAAGUACGACUCCAUGGAUUUUGACAGCCUGCUGAGAGAGGCCCAGCGCUGCCUGAGGAGGUAACACGGGCAUUACGGGCUGUCUGCCGAGGGUCUGCCGAGGGUCUUCUGAGGGUCUGCCGAGGGUCUUGCGGCACCUCGUGGGUGUUUCUGUCCCUUGACUGCAGGACUGCCAAGUUUUACUUUCUAUGUGUGGAAAAAACCACACGUAUAGAUGGAAAAAGCAAAGUUUACAUGAACACAGCUGCUAAUGAAGAGAAAAGAGACGCUAUGAGUGGGGGUAGCCAGUGAACCAUCACACCUCGUGUACGAGCCUCUGGGCUUCAACAUGCAUGUAGAAGAAAAAGGAAAGCGAAAUCAACAGCACUACGACCAGGGGAA